UAUGUGGUUAAACGAUUUGAAACUGCCUUAGAGGUCACAUGUGGAUUCGGUUGUUUUGUUUUGUGAUAUAAGUGUCGCAAAUACUUCAGGAGGAAAAUGAUUGCGUUAUUUAUUCAAGCUUAUACAUUGUUGUUCCUGUUCACUAUACAUAAAUGUGAAGAAUUGAAUCCCUAUCUAGAAGCUCUAAAUCAUAAACCAUGGGAAAGUGUUCACAAGUAUAUUGAAGUGCGUCCUGGAGCAUUUCUGUUUUACUGGUUGUAUUACGCCGAUGGAGUAAGACAUGGAUCGGAACACAAACCAUUAAUUAUAUGGAUCCAGGGCGGACCGGGUCACGCUGCUUCAGGAAUUGGAAACUUUGCUGAAAUCGGGCCACUUACUAUGGAUAUGCAACCUCGAAACCAUACAUGGGUAAAUGGUAGGAACGUACUGUUUAUAGAUCAACCAGUAGGAACUGGAUUUAGUUAUGUAGCUAAUGAAACACUCUACGUGAACUCGGACAUAGAUGCAGUAAAAGAUCUCUUGAAAGCAAUCAAAGGGUUCUACAAAACAAACAAAGAGUUUCGUAAUACACCGACGUAUCUUUUUGGCCAAAGCUACGGUGGCAAGUUGUGUCCUAGGCUGGGCUUUUAUUUACAUAAGGCAAUGAUAAAUAAUCGUCUCAAAAUGAAUUUAAAGGGUAUUGGCAUUGGUAGUGGUUGGGUAAGUCCGAAGCUAAGUGGUUUGGCACAACCAGAGUAUCUUUAUCAUAUGGGUAUUAUAGAUCUAAAAACGUAUACGUCAGCAAUGGAGAUGGCUAGAUACAUAAGCCAUCUGACAGACAUAAAAAAAUAUGUGUUAGCUAAUAAUUUACAUGAUCUGUUAUAUCAACUAAUGAUAAGAGAAGCCGCGAUGGAUAUUAAUUACUACAACAUCAACAAACCUAAACCUUAUAAAGACCUUGCAGAAUUAUCGAAGAAAGUAAAUAAAUAUGUGAAGCCUACACUUGUAGAGGUUAAUCAAAAUCUAACAUGGUCUUGGUCGUCGAAUAACUGUUGCCAAAAUUUGGUAGAUAGCUAUCUAGUGCCGUCUAAUAAGUUCUUAGAGAUGCUCCUCAAUCAAACAGAUCUCAAAAUCGCAGUUUACAAUGGCAAUUUAGAUGUAAUUACACCACUUGCAGGAGCCUCUAGUUGGGUCCACGCUCUCAAGUGGCGAGAAGCCUUAGAAUUUAGAAAUGCUGAGCGAAUUCCCAUAAAGGGAAAUAUAAAUGGUUUUUAUAAAGCGGCGAGGGAGUUCAGCUUUUGGAGUGUACUCGGCUCAGGGCACUGGGUCCCAGAAGAUAACCCAAUCGCAAUGGAACAUAUUUUGGAAUACGUCUUAAGAAGAUUUUAACUGACUCCAUCAAGAUUUAGAAAAUUAUUAGUCACAUAAUUGUACAUUGACAUGAUAAUUUUACAAAACAAAUUGCCUAUAAUAUACAAAAGUAUUGUGUAGCUUACUAACUAGAAAGAGAAGCUUAACGUUAUCAAAUCUAAAUCUAUCUAUUUUUAAUGUUUUCCCUUUCUGUGACAAACUGCCUAUUUGAUAUUUUCCUGCCUGUAAUAAAAUUUGAAGCGGAUUUAAAAAUAAAACAGAUAAGAGCAUUGAAAUUGUAUAAUAUCUUAAACAAUAGGUAAUCAUUGCUAUACAAACGAAAAUUUCGUAUAUUUACAAUAAAAUUUUAACAACA